CCGUCAGAUCUGCCGGUACGGUGUAGUAAUACGUCAUACUACAUUUCCGUUCGCCGUGGAAUCGCAUCAUCGCAGAUCCCAAACUGACCUGAAAAUUGUUCAACAGGCAGGAAAUGCAUAUCCGUUGGGCACUGAAGUACCGAAAAAUUAAUUAAAUCGCUGCGAGGCUCAGCUUGUUCCGUGGUCAGGAAUAAUGGAGGGGCAGAAUGCAGAGAAGCCUCUUGUUUUCGCGUAUUAUGUGACUGGACAUGGAUUCGGCCAUGCGACGCGUGUUCUCGAGGUGGUUCGAAAUCUCAUCCUGGCAGGGCAUGAAGUUCAUGUGGUUACUGGUGUUCCUGAGUACAUCUUCACCACUGAAAUAAAGUCGCCAAAACUCUUUAUCCGGAAGGUUCUAUUGGAUUGUGGAGUUGUUCAAUCAGAUGCUUUGACAGUCGAUCGCCUUGGAUCAUUGGAAACGUAUGUCAAGACAGCAGUUAUACCUCGAGCAUCCAUUUUGGCCUCUGAGGUUGAAUGGCUGAAGUCUAUCAAUGCUAAUUUAGUGGCCUGUGAUGCUGUUCCUAUUGCAUGCCGAGUAGCUUCAGAUGCUGGGAUCUAUUCUGCGUGCGUGACUAACUUCAGUUGGGAUUUUAUCUAUGCUGAUUUCAUAAUGGAAGCUGGAGAUCACAGCCAUUCGAUUAUCUGGCAGAUUGCCGAAGAUUAUUCUCAUUGUGAUUUGCUGAUUCGUCUCCCGGGAUACUGUCCAAUGCCAGCCUUUGGUGAUGCCAUUGAUGUACCUCUGGUUGUUCGGAAAUUACAUAAGCCUCGGUCAGAGGUUAGAAAGGAACUCGGAAUUGGUGAAGAACAGAAAGUUCUCAUCUAUAAUUUUGGUGGGCAGCUAGCUGGAUGGAAGCUACAGAAGGAUUAUCUACCCGAUGGAUGGGUCUGCUUGGUUUGUGGGGCAACAGAAGGCCAGGAACUACCCAAUAAUUUUGUGAAACUUCCGAAGGAUGUUUACACGCCUGAUAUAAUUGCAGCAUCGGACUGCAUGCUUGGUAAAGUUGGAUAUGGUGCUGUUAGUGAAGCUUUGGCUUACAAAGUGCCUUUGAUCUUUGUGCGAAGAGACUAUUUUAAUGAGGAGCCAUUCAUGAGGAAAGUGCUCGAGAAUUAUCAAUGUGGGGUGGAGAUCAUAAGGAGAGACUUCCUUAGUGGACGAUGGGCGCCUUAUAUCGAACGUGCUGUUACACUGAAACCUUGCUAUGAUGCCAACGUUAAUGGUGGUGAGGUGGUUGCCAAAAUACUCCAAGAUGUGGCUUUGGGGAAAGGCCCUACUUCUAAGAUUAGUGGAUCACGAAGAUUGAGGGAUGCCAUAGUUCUUGGUUAUCAACUUCAGAGCAUUUCCGGAAAGGUUAUCGACAUUCCUGAGUGGUAUGUUGCACAGACUCAAUUUAUCUCCCAAACGUUGGAACACGAAAACAUUAUUCGCGAUCCUUCCACCGCUAAAGAAAUCGAAGCUUUUGAAAUUCUGCAUGGCGAGCAUCAUGGACUUUCGGAUACAAUUGGCUUCUUAAGAUACUUGACGGAACUGCACGCCUUAAGCAAUGGUGAUAAUUGUAAUAAGAAUCAGUUGCGGGACAGUCUUGCUGCUGCUGCAAUAUUUAACUGGGAGGAAGAAAUUUUUGUCGCUAGAGCUCCCGGAAGGUUAGAUGUGAUGGGAGGAAUUGCCGAUUAUUCGGGAAGUUUGGUCCUACAGAUGCCGAUUAGAGAAGCAUGCCAUGUAGCCGUUCAACGGAGCUCUCCCGACAAGCAUAAGUUGUGGAAACAUGCUCAAGCCAGGCAGCAUGAUAAAGGACAAGACUCUGCCGCUGUACUCCAAAUUGUAUCAUUAGGAUCCGAACUUAGCAACCGAGCACCUACGCUCGAUAUGGACUUUUCGGAGUUAAUGGAAGACAGUCAUCCGAUCUCAUACGAAAAAGCACAACAAUACUUCUCUCAAGAUCCAUCUCAAAAGUGGGCUGCAUAUGUUGCUGGAACGAUUUUGGUGUUGAUGACCGAAUUGGGCGUACGGUUCUCAGACAGCAUUAGCAUACUGGUGUUUUCGGAUGUUCCUGAGGGCAAAGGUGUGUCGUCUUCUGCUGCAAUUGAAGUCGCAACGAUGUCUGCCGUCGCUGCAGCUCACGGAUUGGAUAUUUCGCCGAGAGAUCUUGCAUUGCUAUGCCAAAAGGUCGAGAACCAUAUUGUUGGCGCUCCGUGUGGGGUGAUGGACCAGAUGGCUUCGGCGUGCGGCGAAGCGAAUAAACUUCUCGCGAUGCUAUGUCAGCCUGCCGAAGUUCUAGGACAUGUCGAAAUACCGUCUCACAUUCGAUUUUGGGGGAUCGACUCGGGGAUACGCCACAGCGUUGGCGGCGCGGACUAUGGAUCUGUGAGAAUCGGGACGUUUAUGGGUCGAAAGAUGAUCAAGUCAAUGGCGUCGGAAGAGCUGGAGUCGAAACGUAAUUUGCGGAAAGUUGAAGGAACAAACGAACAUCGUUCCGAUUUACUUCAAACUGAAGCUGCAUUGAACUACCUCUGCAACCUCCCGCCGCAUCGCUACGAGGAAUUGUAUGGGCAUAACCUUCCCGAGUCUAUACUCGGAAGUGAUUUCUUGGAGAAGUACAGCCAUCACGAUGACACGGUAACUGCGAUCGCCAAAACGAGCAACUACGCGAUACAAGCGCCCACAAGGCAUCCAAUCUACGAAAAUUUUCGCGUCAAGGCCUUCAAAGCAUUACUAUCUGCUGCUCCGUCGGACGAUCAGCUUUCAGCUCUCGGCGAACUCAUGUAUCAGUGUCACUACAGCUACAGCGCUUGCGGACUUGGGUCGGGAGGGACGGACAAGCUAGUCGCAAUGGUGCAAGAAAUGCAGCACGCGAAAUCGUCCAAGUCCCAUGGCGGGACUUUAUUUGGCGCCAAGAUUACCGGUGGAGGAUCCGGUGGGACGGUUUGCGUCAUUGGGAGAAAUGCUCUAAGAAGCGGCGAACAAAUUUUCAAGAUACAAGAGAUGUACGAAGCUACGACGGGGUUCUUGCCUUAUGUCUUUGAGGGAUCUUCACCGGGUGCCGGUAAGUUUGGCUUUUUAAAAAUCCGACUAAGGCCACGGACAACAUAAUUACCCAUUCGGACGGACAAUGUCGAGCAUGAAGGUACGUUCGUUGCAAGUGUUGGAAAUUAUUUUCGAGAUUGUGUUUUUAUAUGUUCUUAUAUUCUUUAGAAUUUGUAGCUCUAAUUCGAUCAUGUUGAAUUUAUUCAAAAAUUCGGUAAAAUAAUCUAUAUUUAGUUAAGAAUUGUUUUAAUCUCAAUGUUUAGAGUAAUAAAAGAUUGUUUCAUUGUAAAUUGAAUUAUGGUGUAAUAUAUAUUUUGA